AAAAAAAAAAAAAAAAAAAACCCCUUUCAGAGAAGAAAUUGCAAGAAAACUUGUCCAUUCACAAUUCGCAAAGAAGAAAAAUGGUUGAUCAAGCGAACAAACAGGUGUACCCUUCAGUACCAGCAGAUAGGCAAUUUAGACGAAGUGAGGAAAACAUUGAAGACUCUGGCCCUUUAAUACCUGAUCAUGUGCUCAAGCGAAAGAAAAGGAUCAAGUUAGCCAUAUAUAUUUCUGCUUUUGUUGUGUUUGAGAUCAUGAUCAUCACGGUCUUUGCAGUCGUUGUGAUGAAAGCUAGGACCCCCAAGGUUAGGUUAGGCACUGAUGUCACAUUCCAGAACUUCGAAACUGGAACCCAAGCAAGACCUUCCUUCGACUUGAGCUUCACAGCCCAAGUUCGGGUUAAGAACACAAACUUUGGUCCCUACAAAUUUGAUAGCACCAAUGCCACCUUUAUGUACCAGGGUGUGGCAGUGGGGCAAGUCACUAUUCCUAAACAUACGGCUGGGAUGCGUUCGACAAAAAAAGUUACUGUCACAGUUCAUGUAAAUUCAAACGCCCUGCCAUCCACUACCAAACUUGGAAGUGAGUUAGGUGCUGGGGUUUUAACUCUAAACAGCCAUGCCAAGCUUAAGGGGAAAGUGGUGUUCAUGCUUGUGAUGAAGAAGAAGAAGUCAGCCGAAAUGAAUUGCACUAUGACCGUUGAUUCGUCAACAAAGGCGGUCAAAUCUAUGAUUUGCUAGUCAGCAUAAUUGCUGUUCAGCUUCAUUCUUCUGCUUCCCAAAAUAAAUAAAUAAAUAAAAUCUAAAUUCAAUUUUUUAUCUUUUGUUUUAAAUAUUUACAAUAAACUGCUGCAACUAGUAUAUGAGGAGAUGUCAAUUAAGUUAAAAACUUUUGUAAUUUUAUCAUUUUAUAAGAUUUGCUGUUUGUUGUUCUUA